GGUGGAGCGUUAGCCGUUAGCACAGAGCUAACAGGCGGAGUAAUGGCGGCCUCGGUGUUGCUGUCUGCGGACAGCACCGGACUCAGCUUCGCGGUCGGAGGCGGCAGCAGCGGCGGCACCGUCAGUGUGUUAGUCGGGAACAAUAACGGUCUGGGUCCGGCGGGUCCGGCGCCCUGGAACCGUUCUCUGGACCGAGCUUUGGACGAAGCCUCGGCCACCGGGUGCCUGAACCUCAGCGGCAGGAAGCUGAAGGAGUUUCCCCGGAGCGCCGCCAACCACGACCUGACGGACACCACCAGGGCCGAUCUGUCUCGUAACCGUCUGUCUGAGCUUCCUCCUGAGGUUUGUCUCUUCGUGUCUCUGGAGAGUCUGAACCUGUACCAGAACUGUCUGAGGUCUCUGCCCGACAGUCUGAUCAACCUGCAGGCCCUCACCUACCUGAACCUCAGUCGUAACCAGCUGUCUGUCCUCCCCGCCGUGGUCUGCAGUCUUCCUCUGAAGGUUUUGAUCGCCUGUAACAACAAACUGGUUUCUCUGCCAGAGGAACUGGGACAGCUGAGACACCUGACUGAACUGGAUGUGAGCUGUAAUGAGAUCCAGACUCUCCCAGCUCAGGUGGGUCAGCUGGAGACUCUCCGAGACCUGAACAUCAGGAGGAACCACCUGGUCCGACUGCCUCCAGAGCUGGCUGACCUCCCUCUGGUGCGUCUGGACUUCUCCUGUAACAAAGUCACCUCCAUCCCCGUCUGUUACCGCCAGCUCGCACAGCUUCAGACCAUCGUCCUCGACAACAACCCUCUGCAGAGCCCACCUGCACAGAUCUGUAUCAAAGGGAAGAUCCACAUAUUCAAGUACCUGAACCUGGAGGCCAGUAAGACGACCCCCGACCUCCCGGACUACGACAGGCGACCUCUGCCCUUCAACUCCUGUGGUGAUGAGCUGUACCCGGGGCGUCCUUAUGGAGCGCUGGAUUCUGGUUUCAACAGCGUUGACAGCGGAGACAAGAGGUGGUCAGGGAACGAGCCCACAGAGGAGCUGUCAGAGCUGUCGCUCAGAGUGGCUGAGAUCAGCCGAGACCAGAGACUGCGAGGAGGAGGAGGAGGAGGAGCAGCAGCAGGAGGAGCAGGUCUGCUGGCUAACGGCACACAUGCUGAGUUGGAGCAGAUAGACUUCAUAGACAGCUGUGUGGGCGAGGAGGAGGAGGAGGACGGGAGGAGUCGAGGAAGAGGAAGAGGAGGAGGAGGAGAUGGUACCAGUCUGAGCUCUCAGUUCAUGGCCUACAUUGAGAGACGAAUAACCAGAGAGGGUUCUCCAGUAAAAACCAACUCCACCAGGACAGAAGACACGCGAAGACACAACAGGAGUGUGGUUGAUGGUGUCACAGCACCCUCGAGCUCCCAGAGUCAGAGGGGUGGUGGUGUAGAGAGGAUGAGGAGGGAGGCUCAGCUCGCCGCUCUUAGGUACGACGAGGAGAGACAGAAGAACCGAUCUCUGCAGAGCUACACCAAGCACAAAGCAGCUCAGAGUCCAACAAAGUCGAGUCCAGACAGCGAGAACGUGUACCCCUCCAGACGCUCCACCCACACAGAUGACUCCGCCCUCUUUAUGGGAGAGGACCGAGCGGCUCUUUCUCCUACAGCCAAUCAGUCGCCUUCUUACCCCAGCUCAGGGGGCGUAGGCUCCUGCCGGACAGCCAGUCUGAGACCAGAGAGCUUCCUGUUACGUCUGGGUCAGAAGGAAGAGAAGAGGAAAGGUGAUGCUGCCGCCGCUCCUCAGAGCCAGGAGGAGCCUCCUUCUUCUCCUCCUCUGGUUGGAGAAGAUGCUGAGCUGGUGGAGCAGCUGCGAAAGAACAUCGAGGCUCGUUUGAAGGUGUCGUUGCCUAGCGACCUGGGAGCAGCUUUAACGGACGGGGUGGUGCUCUGUCACCUGGCCAAUCACGUGAGACCACGGUCCGUCCCCAGCAUCCACGUCCCCUCCCCCGCCGUGCCUAAACUCACCAUGGCCAAAUGUCGACGAAACGUGGAGAACUUCCUGGAGGCGUGUCGCAGGAUCGGAGUCCCACAGAGUCAGUUGUGUCUUCCUCUGCACAUCCUGGAGGAGCGAGGGCUCCCCCAGGUUGCCGGGACCGUCAGCGCCCUGCUCGACCUGGCCCCACCCAGACACCCCGUCACCACGACAACGACAACAACGACCACGCCUGGACCCUCCUUCAACAUGUAGACGACACGGCCGCCCCCGUACACGCUCAGUCCGCCUCUGGUGACGCUCCUGAGUGUUGAGGUGGAGGAGCUGCAGCAGGUGGAGAACGGAUAAGAACUGAAAACUGAUCCAGAACCAAACAGAACUAGUCUGGAUCUGAUGGAGACUCGAACACUGACGAUCUGAACAGACGACAGAACCGUCAGACUGUAGCUCAAAGUACCAACGGGCCAGUCGUCCUGUUAGAAACCGUUACAGUCCUACAGACGUAAUAUUUAUUUCAGUCUUUGACAGUUUCAGAUCUUCAGCUGACAGAGCGAACCGCUAACAGUCAGUCUGAACCUUUGAGCGACGUUUGAUUUUAUUUAUUUAUAAUUCACUAAACAUUCUGAGAGACACAGAAUCAAACUCUUUAAAAACUAAAUGAUAUACGUAGAAAAACUAAAAGUUUGAAGCAGCUGAGUGAACACGUGUUGUAGUUAAACGCUAACAGUGUUCAUGUGUACCGUCAUCAAUGUCGGUUUGAUAAAGUUGGUUCAAAUAUCACUACGCUAAUGCUAACAAAGCUAACAAAUGUCCAGUAGACCUUUUUUAUAACACUAACGUAGCUUAAUGUAGCUAACGUAACACAGCUAAUAUCAAAAAGAGAUUAAGCUAACAGCUAGCUGUAAAAAUAAAUUACGUGCUUUAGCAGUGAAGCUAAUAUAGGCCAAUGCUAACAUCUGCUAGCAGUGCUAAUAGCUAACAGCUCACAGCUAACACUGUCAAUGUUAGCUGUCUUUAUGCGUUAAUGUCCUGAAGCUAGUUUGUAAAUUAAAGAAACACUACGAUAACUCAAACAGCAGCUAACAUGUGGAACUGGUUUCAGUUUAAAAGCUGUUUGGCUACAGCUAGCUGGGACGUUCCAAGUAAAGGUUACAUCAGUGCUGAGAAGUGCUAACUGUUCAAACAUUGCUGUACAGUAAAUGUUAAUGUUAGCUAACGGUAUGAACCCAGAAGCUAACAGCUAGCUCUAAUGUUAAACACUAAACUAGGCUGUUUAAAGUUGAGUUAACGUUAGCUCACAGGUGGCCGCGUUAACGUUAGCUCACAGGUGGUUAGCGCGGCCGCGUUAACGUUAGCCGCGUUAACGUUAGCUCACAGGUGGCCGCGUUAACGUUAGCUCACAGGUCUUCGGUCGUUGGUCUCCGUCAGAUCCAAACUUUCGCCUUCAGACUUAGCGAGCUUCUUUCCUUCUGUGUUCUGAUUGGACGUUGGUCUGAUGGACUUCCUUUGAAGAGGACGCUGCCAAACUCUGAACACUUUUUAUCUUUGCGCUUUCUUCUGAUUGGACAAGCUGACGGGCUGAGCUCUGAUUGGACGGAUGUCGCCACCUGGUCAGGAGUCGUUCAGAUGAAUUAAACAGUUUGAUAUCAAAAUAAAGCUCACAGCUUUUAUUGUGAAAAUCCGUUACUGCAGCUCUUCAUCUGAUUGGAGGACGUCGAUCAGGUGGUGACGAGCUCCUGAAGCUUUCUGUUGCAUUCUGGGAAGUUUUUUAGUCUGUAUGUUUGUAAAAUGUAAAUAUAAAUAUAUAUAUGAGGCUGGAGCCGGUUGCCAUGACGACACACCGAGCAUCACACAGAGGGGACGAAGGCCUGCAGAGGAUUUUAUUCUGAAAAUCUCCAAACUCACUUCCUCCAAAGAACAAAACGUUUAAACAUCAUGUGACCUGUAAUCUUCAUGUUUCUCCUCAUCAGCAGACAGACAGGUCAUGUGACAGACAGACAGGUCAUGUGACCCUGUCCUGGAUUUAAAGGACAUUCCACCAUGUGUUGAUGUACAGCCUGUCUCACAGACAGACAGGUCAUGUGACAGACA